AUGAGCCGCGGUAGAUGGGGUGUAGAUGUCACAGAUGAAGCCAGGUUAUAUGAGGUCAGCAAUGUUCAUGGGCAUCUCCUCGAUUUGAGUGGAGUAGAACAUCUCGAUCUCUCUCAUGGCAUCAAUAUCCUCAGAGGUGACAAAGUUGAUAGCAACACCCUUACGACCGAAACGACCACCACGACCGAUACGGUGAAUGUAGUUCUCUUGGUUGGUGGGGAGAUCGAAGUUGAUAACGAGCGAAACUUGUUGAACGUCGAUACCACGGGCAAGCAAAUCGGUCGAGAUAAGGAUACGGGUGGAUCCGGUACGGAACUCUUGCAUGAUGGUGUCACGUUGAGCUUGGUCCAUAUCACCGUGCAUGGCAGAGACAGUGAAAUCCUUCUCGGUAAGAGCUUGUUGGACGUACUCGACCUUUCUUCUGGUGUUACAGAAGAUAACGGCUUGGGUGACAGUGAUAGUCUCGUAAAGAUCAAUCAAAACAUCGAUCUUGAAUUGCUCCUCACCAACGUCAAUGUAGAAUUGCUUGAUACCUUCCAAAGUCAACUCAUCCUUCUUGACAAGGAUACGGAUGGGGUCACGCAUGAACUUGGUGGUGACCUCCAAAACAGAGCUGGGCAUGGUGGCAGACAAAAGGACGACCUGGAUGUCAGUGGGCAAGUUUUGGAAAAUGUCGUAGAUUUGAGACUUGAAACCACGGGACAACAUCUCAUCGGCCUCAUCAAGAACGAACAUCUUGAUCUUGUCGGUACGGAGGUGUCUACGAGUAAUCAUAUCAAGAACACGACCGGGAGUACCAACGAUAACUUGGGCACCCUCACGGAGCAUUUGAAUGUCCUCUUGGAUGUUGGUACCACCAAUACAGGCGUGACAGUUGACCUUAAGGAAGUCACCAAGGGCCAAAACGACCUUUUGGAUUUGCAAAGCCAACUCACGGGUAGGAGCCAAGAUAAGAGCUUGGGUGGCCUUGAUGUUGGUAUCAAUGUUUUGUAA